AUGGUAGUAGUGAGCAUCUGCCUCGCCAUCGAGCAGCAACAGAACAGGUGUGACAAGGACGGGGAAGGCGACGACGACGAGGAGGAGGAGGGCAGGGAGGAGGAAGACGACGACGACGAGGACAGGACGAGGAGCAGGAGCAGGAGCAGGAGCAGGAGCAGGAGCAGGGAGAAGGAGGAAGAGGAGAGGAAGAGGAGGAGGAGGAGGAGGCAGGAGGAGGAGGAGGAGGAGGAGGAGGAGGAGGGGAAGGAGGAGGAGGAGGAGGAAGAGGAGGAGGAGGAGGAAAAGGGAGGAGGAAGAGGGAGGAGGAGGAGGAGGAGGAGGAGGAGGAGGAGGAGGAGGAUGAGGAGGGAAAAGGAGGAGGAGGAGGAGGAGGAGGAGGAGGAGGAGGAGGAGGAGGAGGAGGAGGAGGAGGAGGAGGAGGAGGAGGAGGACCAUGACGACGACGAGGAGGAGAAAGACGAGGAGGACGAGGAGGAAGAGGAGGAGGUAGGAGGAGGAGGAGGAGGAGGAGAGGAGGAGGAGGAGGAGGAGGAGGAGGAGGAGGAGGAGGAGGAAGAGGAGGAGGAGGAGGAGGAGGAAAAGGAGGAGGAGGAGGAGGAGAGGAACUGUACUGGCACACCAGAGGAGCCGCGGUGUGGGUUCAGCCGCAAGGUGGUGGAUGCACUCACGUCAGAAGGGAACACCGAAGGAGACCCGGUGUGGGUUCAGCCGCAAGGUGGUGGAUGCAGUCGGUCAGACAUGGACUCAUCGCAUGUUUCCCCCCCCUCUUCCCCCCUUCUUCCCCCCCUCUUCCCCCCUUCUUCCCCCCCCUCUUCCCCCCCUCUUCCCCAUGGCUUGUCCUCACGGCCUUGCCUUGCUUUCCCCAGGGCACACUGA